GGCUCCCUGGUGUUCCUGGUGAGCGGACUGGCCGUGCUGGGCUAUGCUGCAGCCCUCAGCGCCCAGCCCACCUACCAAGGGGUUGUCCGGGUGGUGUGCGGGGCGGCGGUGGGGAAGCUCUGUGAGAUCUGCUUCCUCCUCAACCUCUUCAUGAUCUCCGUGGCCCUUCUCAGGGUGGUGGGCGACCAGCUGGAGAAACUGUGCGACUCCCUGUACCCCAAUGUGACACUGAGCGGGGCCCCCGCGCCGCCCCCCUGGUACGCAGACCAGCGCUUCACCCUCUCGACUCUCUGUGUCCUCGUCAUCUUCCCGCUCUCUGUCCCCAGGGAGAUUGGCUUCCAGAAGUACUCCAGCAUCCUGGGCACGCUGGCUGCCUGCUACCUCACCCUGGUCGUUGUCUUGAAGUACCACCUGCAGGCAGAGAGCCUGGGCUCACCUGAGCCACCCCAGCCCUCCAGGGUCUCUACCUGGGCCUCCAUCUUCAGCGUCAUCCCCACCAUCUGCUUUGGCUUCCAGUGCCACGAGGCGUGUGUGGCCAUCUACAGCAGCAUGCGCAACCAGAGCUUCUCCCACUGGGUCACCGUCUCUGUGCUCUCCAUGCUCAUCUGCCUGCUCAUCUACUCCCUCACCGGGCUCUAUGGCUACCUGACCUUUGGCAAUGCCGUGGCGUCCGAUGUCCUGAUGUCCUACCCAGGGAAUGACCCCAUCGUCGUCGUCGCCCGCCUGCUCUUCGGCGUCUCCAUCGUCACCAGGGGCGGGGGGGGAGCCGGGGUCCUUGAGCUCAUUGGGUGCAUCAGCGCCUUCUUCAUCUUCAUUUUCCCAGGGCUGUGCCUGGUGUGCAUGACCGGGACCUCCACCCUCGGGCCACGCAAAAA